ACCGACAAGAUGGCGGCGGGUGGGAGCGGCGGGCGCGCGUCGUGCCCGCCGGGGGUCGGCCCGGGAGCGGGGGGCGGCCCGGGGCCCAGCGCCAACGCCGCCCCGGCCCCCGGCAACGCGGCCGCCGCCGCCGCCGCCGCCGCCGCCGCCGCCGCCGCCGCCGCCGCCCCGGCCCCCGCCGCCCCCGGGCCGCCCGCGCCGGGACCGGGGCCGGUGGCGGGGUCGGGGCCGGGCGCGCAGGCCGCGGCGGGCGGGGAGCGGGCGGCCGAGGAGCCGGGGGCGGCGGCGCUGCUGCGCGAGCCCGUCUACAACUGGCAGGCCACCAAGCCCACGGUGAAGGAGCGCUUCGCCUUCCUCUUCAACAACGAGGUGCUCUGCGACGUGCACUUCCUGGUGGGCAAGGGGCUCGGCGCGCAGCGCAUCCCGGCGCACAGGUUCGUGCUGGCCGUGGGCAGCGCCGUCUUUGACGCCAUGUUCAACGGGGGAAUGGCCACCACGUCCACCGAGAUCGAGCUGCCCGACGUGGAGCCCGCCGCCUUCCUGGCGCUGCUCAAGUUUCUCUACUCGGACGAGGUUCAGAUCGGGCCGGAGACGGUCAUGACCACGCUGUACACCGCCAAGAAGUACGCGGUGCCGGCGCUGGAGGCCCACUGCGUGGAGUUCCUGAAGAAGAACCUGCGCGCGGACAACGCCUUCAUGCUGCUCACGCAGGCGAGACUCUUCGACGAACCGCAGCUCGCCAGCCUGUGCCUCGAAAACAUCGACAAGAACACGGCCGACGCCAUCACGGCAGAGGGUUUCACGGACAUCGACCUGGACACGCUGGUGGCAGUGCUGGAGCGCGACACCCUGGGCAUCCGCGAGGUGCGCCUGUUCAGCGCCGUGGUCCGCUGGUCCGAGGCCGAGUGCCAGCGGCAGCAGCUGCAGGUGACGCCCGAGAACAAGCGGAAGGUUCUGGGCAAGGCGCUGGCGCUCAUCCGCUUCCCGCUGAUGACCAUCGAGGAGUUCGCUGCAGGGCCCGCGCAGUCAGGCAUCCUCGUGGACCGCGAGGUGGUCAGCCUCUUCCUGCACUUCACCGUCAACCCCAAGCCGCGCGUGGACUUCAUCGACCGGCCCCGCUGCUGCCUCCGAGGGAAGGAGUGCAGCAUCAACCGCUUCCAGCAGGUGGAGAGCCGCUGGGGCUACAGCGGCACGAGCGACCGCAUCAGGUUCUCGGUCAACAAGCGCAUCUUCGUGGUCGGCUUCGGGCUCUAUGGCUCCAUCCACGGGCCCACGGAUUACCAAGUGAACAUCCAGAUCAUCCACACGGACAGCAACACGGUCCUAGGCCAGAACGACACGGGCUUCAGCUGCGACGGCUCCGCCAGCACCUUCCGAGUCAUGUUCAAGGAGCCGGUGGAGGUGUUGCCCAAUGUCAACUACACGGCCUGCGCCACGCUCAAGGGCCCGGACUCCCACUACGGCACCAAGGGGCUGCGCAAGGUGACGCACGAGUCGCCCACGACGGGGGCCAAGACGUGCUUCACCUUCUGCUACGCGGCCGGGAACAACAAUGGCACGUCCGUGGAGGACGGCCAGAUCCCCGAGGUCAUCUUCUACACCUAGGCCGCCCGGCCCGCACGUCCGCGGGGGUGGGGGCGCCUGGCCUGCGCAGCCCCCCGGCGCAAGUGGGCCGCCCCGUCCCGCGCCGCGCCCGCCGCCCGCCCCGCCUCUUCCCGGGCGCCAGGAGGACCCCUCUCUCCGCGCGGAGCUGGCUGCCCGUUCUGAGGGGGCGGGGGGCGGGCGGGGCGCGGAGGGCAUCCCUCAGGACGUGGGGGCGGGGCCGGCCUGACCGCCCUGCAGCGCCGGUCGCCUGCCCAGCGGCCGCCCCCAGGACUCCUGUGGGGCCGCCCCGUGUUUGUUUCAGCUGCGCGUGGCGAUGCGUCUUGGAGCCCGUUUCUCUGGUAGGAGACCACGUGCGGGGCCCCUGGUAGGUAUGGGUGGGGGCCUUGGGUUCCUCUGUUCUGUUCACUGGGGACGCUCAGGCCACCCUGACCUGCCCCUAGGACACGGGCUCGAGCCCCCCCCAGAAGUCUUGCAGGCCGGCUUCCUGCCAGGCCCAGGCCCAGCUUGUGGGCCCAGUGAAGGACCAUCCUUGUCCAGUCCCUCUGGACGCCCCCCCACCCCCCAGCCCCUGCAGCUGUGGACACCGGUGGCAGACCCUGUGUGCCUGGGAGGGGCGAUGCUGUGGUCCAGCCAGGGGCCACAUCCCACCAGCCCACCUGCACAUCCUGUAGCCCCAUCCCCAGCCCCCAGCCAGCGCUCUGCCCAGAAGUGCUGGCUGGAGGGCGCAGCCCCUCCCCAGCCCCCAGGUACGGCUCCCUCCCCACCCUCAUGUUUCCACCUGGAGCCUGUGUCCUCCCCGAAGCCAUGGAAGGUGUGUCCUCACACCACAUCCCAAAAUGUCUUUUUUUAAAUAAAGGAAAGAAACAUACCAGCCCUGACCCCACGUGCUGCUUCCCGUCAGAGCCGGCGGGAUGGGAC